CCUGAUUGGGUGCCACGCGCAGGACGGUGAGGGGGCGCGUGGAGGACCUGGUGAGGAGAAGAUGGCGGCGGCGGUGGUGGCAGAAACUGUGGAGCUCCACAAGUUGAAGCUUGCUGAACUGAAGCAAGAAUGUUUAGCCCGAGGUCUGGAGGCAAAGGGAAAUAAGCAGGAUCUCGUCAACAGACUGCAAGCCUAUUUUGAGCAACAUGCUGAGGAAGAAGCAAAUGAAGAAGAUGUCUUGGGAGAAGAAACAGAGGAAGAAGAACAGAAACCGUUAGAUGCUCCUGUCAAAGAGGAAGUAGCUACUGAGAAAUCACCUGAAGUAGGUGCAGAAAAGAAAGUAGUGAAAAUUGCCUCAGAAAUCCCACAGAUGGAGAGAAUGCAAAAACGGGCAGAGAGAUUUAAUGUUCCUGUGAGUUUGGAGAGCAAGAAGGCUGCCCGAGCUGCUCGGUUUGGUAUGUCUGUGGCUUCAACUAAAGGUCUUGGUGACGAAAGUAAAACUACAGUAAAUAUAGACAAAUUAAAGGAAAGGGCUCAGAGAUUUGGCUUGAAUGUCUCCACAGUCUCCAAAAAGACCGAAGAUGAUGAGAAGCUAAAAAAGAGAAAGGAGAGGUUCGGCAUUGUAACAAGUUCAGCUGGAACUGGAACCACAGAAGACACAGAGGCAAAGAAGAGAAAAAGAGCAGAACGUUUUGGCAUCGUCUGAGGAUCUUCCUCUUAGACUUUACCUGCUUGGGUUGUAUGUUUUACACAUUCUUGUUCUUUGUUCCUAAUGAAGAAUAUAUUUUCUUCCUCACACAGAUUUUGGCUUUACAUUUUAAAGCUAGCUCUUCAAUUGUGCUUUCCUUCGCUUUUGGACUUCAAACAGAUUGUGAAGCCUAGAAUGAAAGUUUCUAUUGUGUAUGUAAACAAUUUGAAUUUCCCAGCAAAUUCUCUUAUUAGCCACUUAUUACAUCACCAGUGUGAUUCCCCUCUGUUUUGAGUUAAAACAGCUGCUCAAAAUAAAAAGAGUAGGAAUAUGAUUAUUUCUGAUACGUUGUUCAGUGCCUAUUAAAGUUACAUCUACAUCAAGAACUGUCUGAAUGCUCCUUAGGCAUUUAUUACUCCUAAUAUUUCAUUUUCAUGCUGCCAUGCCUCGGAAAUAUUUCUCCAUCCCUGAUCAAAAUUCAUCUAUCUUAUACAGAAAGCCUGAAGUCCUUCUUUCCUUGGCUUCUGCUACAUGUGUUAGGUUUCUUAUGACGUCAUGAGGCAUACACCUAUCGUGAAAGGGUACUGCAAAAUAUAUUAAUGUUUUUUAGAAUUUGUGAAACAGUUAAACAUUCAAAGAACACUGUUGAGUUACAGUAUGGUAUUUAUUCCCUUAGCAAUAGUGUGGAAUAUCCCAAGGUUUUAAAAGCGCAACAGUCAUGCAUUUGGCAACCAUUGACAAAGAGCCUCUUAAAUACCCUAUUGGUAAUAAUAAUUUGAAACUUUCCCUUUGGUUUUUACAUUAUAUUUUCAAAAAUGCAGAUAAUUCCCCCUUACAGAGUAGUAUCAAAAAGUUCUAUAUGAUUGCUGUGAGAUUUAAUACUAUAACAUAUAUUAUUCCUGCUCAAAGGCUUUAGUUUCUAGCUGAAUUAUCAAACUGUGCUGUUCUUUUUCUCCCUGAAUGAACUAAAUUUUGGAGAGCCCUCCUGCUUCUAUUUGCAGUAUUAUGAUUUACUAAAGGUAACAAGUUGGAGAACCAAGUUUUAAAAAUAACUUAUUCAUGUUUUCCAAAGAAAUGAAUUGUGUUAAUAGCCCAUUGAGAAGAUACAUUCGCUCAAGCAAUCCCAUCUUUAUUUAAAGUGAUGCCCAGCUCUAUUGCUUCAUAUGGCCCAAAGUACAUUUCCCUGUUGCUACAGAUCUCAUUCAUCUUUUACAUAGAGAAAAAUCAUCAAGACUGUUUUCUGUAUUCUAUAUGGGUAUGCUUUCUUGUUGGUCAUAUAUUUUAUAUGCUGUUCUUGGUAGGCAUUUAAAUGCUAGUCCACUUGAACUGCUUUGGAUUUUUGAUUUUUUAACAUAAUCCUUAAAUGAAAGAUCAGUGACUAUCUUUCAUUGUAGUCUACAUGCAGUACCUUUCUUUUCUGUGCAGUACAGAUUAAACAGUGCUUAGAAAAAUCAUUAGCGGCCUCUUAAUUUUAUCAAAUAUUCUUUAAAAACUGUGGUAUUAGUUAAUCUGUGAUUUUACUUCUGAUUCUUUAUGCCAUCUCUGAACGGCAUUUACUACUUGAUAGGAUAGGUGCAAGGGUGAUGCAUCAUUUCAGCACUGUGGUGUCUUAUUAUGUAUAUUUCAAUUUUAUUCUGAUUUUAUUUGACAUGUUAAAUUUGAUAAUUUGAUUUUCUGUUCAUCAACUUGGUCAGUUUGGGUACUUGCUUGAAAUGUUUUUACAGGUUGUAUUUUAAGCAGAAUUACACUUCAUUCUUUGGUUCAUAAUAAAACUACUUCAAGGCA